AUGUCUGAGUCGAGACAAGAAGUAUACAGAAAGCUUGAGACAUUGCGCGAGAAAUCGCUACGACCUAUUUUGACACUUCUCAAUGGAGACGCAAGCUGGUUAAUGUCGUUUCCUCGUCCCACAGCCGAGCAGGUUUCAACAGGGAAAGCAUAUUUUCACAUCGUGUAUGAACCAUGGCUACAAGGCGACGCAUCCUUAUUCUACAGCUGGUUCUUUAAUAUUGCGCUCAGUGACAAGGCAGCGGUGACUGACGUUCAAGGUAUCGAGGAUGUCAUUCUGGGUAUUGAACGAGCUGCUUCAUGUCAUCUGCCGACAAACCACGCGCAAUCUACCACGAAAGACGGAGGCUACAAGGGAAAUAUCGACGUGAUCAUUCUUGCUUUCCAUUAUUUGGAUCAUGUUCAUGAACCAACCCUCCGAACCUUCGACUCUAAUAUUCCUAUCAUUGCGACACCUGAAGCAGCCGCCAUCGUCAGACCGUGGAAUCAUUUUAAGACUAUAUCUUUGAGUCACGAUUUGGACAGUUCGGCCAAGACAUGGCGCUCGCCGGAACUUCAUCCAGAACAUCUACCUGACUGGUUGACCAUUAUGCGUCUACCGGGUCACGCCAUUCUGAACUUCUGUACCGCCCUGGUCUGGACUCAUGAAGGGGUACACGAAACCGUCCUCAUCUCACCACACGGUACACACAUCGACCAGGGCCCUCUAGAUGCUUUUUUACAAGCGGAGCCAAAGACAGAAAUCCUGACCCUGCUGCAUGGUCUGAAAGAAAGUCAUGGAAUAAAUGGUGUGAGUAAACUGGGAGUAAAGGGAGGUCUUGCUCUAUACAGAAAGAUUGGAGGCAGCAAGAGCUGGAUUCUGAAUCACGAUAAUGAUUUUACCUACUCAGGCUUCUUCUUAUGGGUAACGAGGACGGUUGACCUUCCACGGUCCAUGGAAUGGGCUCUUGAGGAAGAGAAAAAGCAGAAUGGCGCAAAAAACUUGGAAGUUCCAAACUUUAUUCAAAUUGCUAAUGGGGGAAUGGUUAUGCUUGAGGGAUAA